CAGACUCCUUUUAGUUUUGGCAUGAAUCAUAGGACACCACCCUACCCCGCUGGGGAUUAUUGUCUUCUAUGCAGAAGUGAACGGAAAGACUCUUCAUUCUUAGAGAGUGGAGUUAAGACUGCGAGCAAAUUUGCCCUUUCCAUGGCUCCCAAGGGCAACAGCGUGCUGCACCUGCCGCUGUGGGUAUGCCCAGACUGCCGGAGGACUGUGGAGAAGGAGGAGAGGCACAGCGGUCUUGACCAGCCGCAGAGUCAAGAUUUUCUUCUUCACUCAUCACUUGGGAGCUCCCAGCCUGAAGCCAGUGGUGCUGGGAGGCUGGCCCUAGGCACACAGACAAUGACCUCUUCAGGGCUAGGCACCACACCCUCAGAUGCCUGCUCAUGUGAAGCCUGCAGUGAGCGCAGAGACAUCUCAGCAGAGACAGACCGGGAACCGCAGCAGCUUCAAAACUAUUGGUCAGAAGUACGCUACAUGGUCCGAUGCAUAUACCGCCAGGCGGGUACCCCACUGGCAGAAGACCAGGACCAGUCUCUGGUUCCCGACAAAGAAGGAGUGAAGGAGCUUGUGGAUAGGCUCUGUGAGCGGGAUCCCUAUCAGCUCUACCAGCGGUUGGAGCAGCAAGCCCGGGAAUAUGUGCUAGAAAUGAAGGUCCGCCUUCUCCGGCAGCUAUCUGCUGCAGCGAAAGCCAAGGCACCAUCUGGCCUGCAGGGCCCACCACAGGCACACCACUUUGUGUCUCUACUCUUGGAAGAGUAUGGUGCCCUCUGCCAGGCUGCACGAUCCAUCAGUACAUUUCUUGGCACUCUGGAAAAUGAACAUUUGAAAAAGUUCCAGGUGACAUGGGAACUGCAUAACAAACACCUCUUUGAAAAUCUGGUCUUCUCAGAGCCACUUCUCCAGAGCAACUUGCCAGCACUGGUGUCUCAGAUCAGGCUGGGAACCACCACGCAUGACACUUGCAAUGAAGACACGUACAGCACCUUGCUGCAGAGGUACCAGCGUUCUGAGGAAGAAUUGCGCAAAGUUGCUGAAGAGUGGCUGGAGUGUCAGAAGAGGAUUGAUGCCUAUGUGGAUGAACAGAUGACAAUGAAAACCAAACAGCGCAUGUUAACAGAAGACUGGGAGAUUUUUAAGCAAAGGAGAUUAAUUGAAGAACAGUUAACUAAUAAGAAAGUAGUUACUGGUGAGAACAACUUCACGGAUACCAGGAGACACAUGUUGUCAUCAUCUCGGUUGAGCAUGCCAGACUGCCCUAACUGCAACUACAGGCGAAGAUGUGCUUGUGAUGACUGCAGCCUCUCACACAUCCUCACUUGUGGUAUCAUGGACCCCCCCGUCACUGAUGACAUCCACAUUCACCAGCUACCACUCCAAGUGGAUUCUGCUCCCGACUAUCUCUCUGAGAUGCGCCCACCUAGUGUGUCAUCAGCAAGCUCAGGGUCAGGUUCCAGCUCUCCCAUCACAAUUCAGCAACAUCCCAGACUCAUCCUCACAGACAAUGGCUCUGCACCAACUUUUUGUAGUGAUGAUGAAGACGUCGCACCAUUGUCAGCUAAGUUUGCUGACAUUUAUCCGUUGACUAACUACGAUGAUACCAAUGUGGUGGCCAACAUGAAUGGAAUCCACAGCGAACUGAAUGGUGGUGGGGAAAACAUGGCCCUGAAAGAUGAGUCCCCUCAGGUAAGCAGCACCAGCCAUAGUUCUUCAGAAGCUGAUGAUGAAGAUGCUGAUGGUGAAAGUAGUGGUGAGCCCCCAGGAGCACCCAAAGAAGAUGAGGCUCUAGGAAAUGGUAGCCCAAGGGCAGACGAGAGUAAAGUAGACACUCCACCUCCAUCCUACCCAGCGCAGCAGGCGGAACAAACUCCGAACACUUGUGAAUGCCAUGUUUGUAAACAAGAAGCUUCUGGGCUACCAGCAUCAGCAAUGACUGCUGGAGCCCUGCCUCCUGGCCAUCAGUUCCUGAGCCCAGAGAAGCCAACACACCCUGCGCUGCACCUGUACCCCCACAUCCACGGACAUGUACCCUUGCACACUGUUCCACACCUGCCUCGACCGCUCAUCCACCCCACUUUGUAUACAGCACCCCCCUUCACACACAGUAAGGCUUUACCGCCAGCACCUGUUCAGAGUCACACAAAUAAGCCUCAGGCAUUCAAUGCAUCUCUUCAAGACCAUAUUUACCCGAGCUGUUUUGGGAACACUCCAGAGUGGAAUAGUUCUAAAUUUAUAAGUCUUUGGGGAUCAGAAGUGAUGAAUGAUAAGAACUGGAAUCCUGGCACUUUCUUGCCAGAUACAAUUUCUGGGAGUGAUAUAUUAGGGCCAGUGCUCUCAGAAACAAGACCUGAAGCCCUUCCACCUCCACCCAGCAAUGAAGCUUCUGCAGUUUCAGAUAUCAAAGAGAAGAAAAAUGCUGCAAAAAAGAAGUGUUUAUACAAUUUCCAGGAUGCUUUUAUGGAAGCAAAUGAAGUUGCCAUGGCAAACACAGUCGCCAUGGCCACCUCCUCAGCUACAUCCUCUGUGUCAUGCACAGCCACCACAGUGCAAUCUAGCAGCAGUCAGUUCAAGGUGUCAUCCAGAAGGCCGCCUUCCAUAGGUGAUGUUUUUCAUGGCCUCAACAAAGAGGACCACAGACACUCAGCACCUGCUGCUCCAAGGAACAGCCCCACAGGCCUGGCCCCACUCCCAGCUUUGUCUCCUGCUGCACUUUCUCCAGCCUCCACGCCUCACCUUCCAAAUCUUGCUGCCCCAUCAUUCCCCAAAACUGCAACCACAGCCCCUGGGUUCGUGGAUACACGAAAGAGCUUCUGUCCUACCCCUGUGGCUCCCCCGCCCUCCACGACAGAUGGCUCCAUCAGUGCCCCUCCCAGUGUCUGCAGUGACCCUGACUGUGAAGGGCACCGCUGCGAGAAUGGUGUCUAUGACCCGCAGCAGGAUGAUGGGGAUGAGAGUGCAGAUGAGGACAGCUGCUCCGAGCACAGCUCGAGCACCUCAACUUCCACCAACCAGAAGGAGGGCAAGUAUUGUGACUGCUGCUACUGUGAGUUCUUCGGACAUGGCGGGCCUCCAGCUGCACCAACAAGUAGAAAUUAUGCAGAAAUGAGGGAAAAACUUCGUUUACGGCUGACCAAAAGGAAGGAAGAACAACCCAAGAAAAUGGAGCAGAUAUCAGAACGGGAGGGUGUAGUUGACCAUCGGAGAGUGGAAGAUUUGCUUCAGUUUAUAAACAGCUCAGAGGCCAAGCCAGUUAGUAGUAGUCGUGCAGCCAAACGAGCAAGGCACAAGCAGAGGAAGCUGGAAGAGAAGGCACGCCUGGAAGCUGAGGCCAGAGCACGGGAGCAUCUGCAUCAUCAGGAAGAACAAAAGCAACGGGAGGAUGAGGAGGAAGAAGAAGAGGAAGAUGAGGAGCAGCGUUUCAAGGAGGAAUUUCAGCGGCUUCAGGAGCUUCAGAAAUUAAGAGCGGCAAAAAAGAAGAAAAAGGAGCGGCCAAGUAAAGACUGUUCCAAGUUGGAAAUGCUCGCUAGAGAUUUCCAGGCAGCAGCAGAGUCUAUCUCUAACUCCGAAAACAUCCACAAUGGCUCAGUAGAACAAAUUGAAGAACCAGAAACCUCAUCUCACUCCCCUUCCAGACAUAUGAACCACUCAGAGCCUAGGCCAGGGCCUGGAGCCAAUGGGGAUGCCACAGAUCCCAUGGACCCCAGAGACUCUAAGCUUCUGCUACCCAAGGAAGUCAAUGGGAAGCAGCAUGAGCCUCUUGCGUUUCUCUUGGACAUGAUGCAUCAUCACAAGGAGGGAAACAGCAAACAAAAGUUAAAACAGACCAGCAAGACUAGCAAUGAGCCAGCCAGGAAGCCCAUGGAUCCUCCCAAAACCACAGAGGUACAGCCCAAGACCCGGGCCCAGCCUGAGUUAAAACCUAAAGUAGUUGACCUUGCUCUCCUCACAGAGCAGAAGAGAGAGGAGAGAAAGGCCAACAGCAACAACAACAACAAAAAGCAGCUGAGCCACAUCAAAGAGGAGAAGCUGAACACUGUCACUCCUGAGCCACCCUCCCCUAGUCAGCUCCUGCAGAAUGGCAGGCUGAUUCUGGCAAGUUCUCCACAGCCCAAGGGCAAGAAUAAGAAAAAUAAAAAGAAGAAAGGAGACAGAACCAGCAGUUCAAUUGAUGAUGUUUUCUUGCCUAAAGACAUCGACCUGGACAGUGUGGAUAUGGAUGAGACUGAGCGGGAGGUGGAGUAUUUCAAAAGGUUCUGCUUGGACUCUGCUAGACAGAACCGACAAAGACUGUCCAUCAACUGGUCCAACUUUAGCUUGAAGAAAGCCACCUUUGCUGCCCACUGAAUGAGGACUGCUUGGAGAGGGAUAUAUGAGAGGCAGCUGGGCUGCGCCACUCAAGAGCCAAGCCUUUCAGUGGCUCCCCAGAGCUUCGGUACCCACCCAUGGUGUGUAGGGCGGGAUGCCGUGGCCUGAGACCCCCAGACCGAGAACUUGCUGCUCGACCUGCGUUGUUAGCUUGUGUGCGUGUAGUCUGUGAGUGAGACUUCUUUGAUUGUAGCUCUGUGCUGUCGGAAUGGAACAGUAGUUCCCGCCAAUUCCUCCACAACCACGGCUUCAGAGGCCUGGGCCGUGGCCAGAGACGAGUUUGCAUCAUCUACGUGGCUCUGUCGCCUCUGCAUCUCGCCCUGUCCUGUUAUCUGUCCCCGCCAGGGUGUCAGCCAUCCCUCAGCUCCCAUGUGCCCUGUGUCCCACCCAAGGCGGGCUGGGCGGGCAGGCCUCCUUUGUACUCUUUCACAAUCUACUGUUUCCGAGUGUACACGUUGCGCUGUUUGUGUUUGACCCCCUGACUUGUAGCCAGCUUGUGUAAGACCCCUUGCAGAAUGAGAACGUUAAAAACAAGAAACCCACCCAGUACUCACACCAUCAAGUCUGUUCUAGAGCGUACAACCGUAUUAACACGGAGGCCUGCCUGGCUACUUUUUUAACAUAUUGUUAAGUAAUAUUAAAAUCAUGUCUUUCUUUUUGAAAGAUGGAAUACAUUAGUACAGCAGGAGACCCAGUCUGGUUGCUUUCUGCUAGGGAUGAUGGGUGUGGUGGGAGGUAACAAAUGGGUGAUACUUGUUUCCAGAGAGCCAAGACCACCACCAAAGUCACUUUCUGAUGUCCCUAGGUUUCAGAGUUCCUGGUGCCCUCAGUUGUCUUCUGAACACGAAGUUGUCACUGGUACCAGAACAGAGCAGUCAUCAGGAAACAACAGCCAACCAAAUGAUUAGGCUUCACAAGCUCAUGGCAAAAAGUACCAGGAAGCUUCAAGAUGGGGUGGUGGGUUAUACUCAGGUCACUGGGACUUAGUGGAAACAGCCUUUGUAGAACAGAGGGUUACCUAUGGCCUUGUAUGCAGGUGCCUGUCCACAUUUUGGGAAGAGAAGGGAUUGUGGUCUCUAGUAAAAUAAUGAAUUAGGGACGCUUAAUUGGCUUUAAAUUAGGAACAAAGUAAAUGGUAUUAAAAACUGAAAGGCUUAGUUAUUAGUCCCAUCUUUGUCCCUUCAGGAGUUAACAGCUCACACAGUUGCCUCUGGGUUGUUGUUUAGCUUUUACUUACCUCAGCAUACUACAUGACUCAUACUUUUCCAGUGCCCAGAUGAAUUACCUGAGGCCUAGGGUAACAAU